UUUCAUAUCUAUAAGCAGCUUUCUCAGAAGGAGAUAAACUUGGAAAAGUUGCAAAGACUAGCUAGUUUGGGGCUUCCUGAUGGAGGAGGUCUGCGGGCAACAGCUUGGAAGCUGCUUUUGGGCUAUUUGCCUGCUUCCCGUGACUUGUGGGAAAAGGAAUUGACUGAGAAUCGUUUAAAAUAUGCUAAGCUAAAAGAAGAGCUUCUCCUGAGUCCUGCUGAAUACACAAGAAGAAAAACUGAGGCAUUGGAUGCUAUGGAGCAGGAUGUGGACAGUCCUGCUGAUGGACCACUUACACGACAAGAAAUUUCUCAGGAAGAUCAUCCACUGAGCCUUGGUAAGGCUAGUGCUUGGCAUAAAUACUUCCAGGAUACAGAAAUUGCGGAGCAGAUUGACCGUGAUUUACAACGUACUCACCCAGACUUGAAAUUCUUCUCAGGGGACUCCUCAUUGAGUAGGAAAAACAGGGAAGCAAUGAGAAGUAUUCUUCUCCUGUUUGCUAAACUAAAUCCUGCAAUCCGUUAUGUGCAAGGCAUGAAUGAAGUAUUGGCACCAAUAUACUAUAUAUUCAGUACUGACACUGACGAGCAAAAUGCUGAAAAUGCAGAAGCAGAUAGUUUCUGUUGUUUUGUUCGAAUUUUGAGUGACUCUGUGGAUCACUUUUGUCAACAAUUGGAUAACAGUUCAGUGGGUAUCCAUUCUACUCUUUCCCGCUUGGUAGAGUUGUUGAAAGCCAAUGAUGAGGAGUUGUGGCGGCAUCUUGAAUUCACAACCAAGGUCAAUCCUCAAUUCUAUGCGUUCAGGUGGAUCACAUUGCUGCUUACUCAGGAAUUCAACUUUCAUUCAAUCAUGAGAAUUUGGGAUACUCUUUUAAGCAAUACUUUUGGUGUUCAGGAAAUGCUUCUGCGUGUCUGUUGUGCAAUGCUGCUGUGCAUAAAAAGCAGACUAUUGAGUGGUGAUUUUGCAGCCAACUUAAAGCUUUUACAGCACUACCCUGAAAUCAACAUAGAACACUUACUACAGGUAGCUCAGGAUCUCAGUCCUGACACCUCUUCUUUUCGCUUGUCCAUGUAAAUUGAUGGCCUAAUUAUGCGAUUUUGUUUACAAGUCUGCUUUUCAUAUGGUUUGUUAACUUCAUCCCGAA